AUGGAGCAUCAGUACUACUUCAUCGAGGCCACGUGGCUGGAGGCGGCGGCAGCUGGCAUUUGCUCGCGCAAUGGAAUCAUCUUGAAGGAUGCCAUCGCCAAGGCGGAGAAGGGCAUACCAGUUCAGAUUAAAAACGACUCCGCCCUGACUAUGCACAGUCUCAUCCAAACGACCCACGCCUCGCUGGAGCAGGCCUGCGAGCGAUACUUACGCCAGAACGCGCGGAAUCUUCGUCUCACCCGAGCAAGCAAGCCAACACCUGCCGUGGAGGCCCUCAACGAGGCGGAGCGCGCGUCCUGCCGUGAGCUAGUGGUGCGCAUCGCUAUCACAGGUGCCCUGACACAAUACCAGCGCUGCACACGCAAGUGCAUCUUGCAGGACUCCAGCUCGUUCUCCCCGUCUUCGUCUCAUCCAGCUGUCUCUGCGAGCAAGACCGGGCAGGGCAACGGUGUGACGGACAAGCAGCUGGAGCGCAGUUUACAAACGACACUUUUGAAGGGGCUUCUGUACGCCUUCGAGUCCUUUCAGGAAUGCCACUCCAUGAACCGCGAUCACUAUCCACCACGCGUGGACAGUAACACUCCCGGCACAGUCGGCUGGGAUACCCUUGUGCUGCUCUACCUGGUUCACCGCAUUCCGCAAGUCGCCCGUCACGCGAGUGGCAGCGCCAUUGACGAUUGCAUAGGACAGGUGAUACGAACGUGGCGCAAGCUGUUGGUUGCACUUCAGUCUGUAGACGCCCAGGAAGCUCCCGAGCACUCGCGCCGUCGCGGGGCCCUCUCCCUCGUGAACGGUCUCCUCAUCAUUCUGUUUCAGCGCUACAACACUCACCAGUGUGCCGUACUCUUGGGUGCCGUGGAGCAUGCAGAAAAGGUUGCCGAGUCAUCGAAAGAGACGGCACGCUCCAUCUUACACCCUUCGCGGCACAUGGUGUCAGAGGUGGUCACCUAUCACUACUAUCAAGGCCGAAUGCGCCUGUACGAGCGGAAGCUCGACGAAGCCCACCGCAUUUUGCGGAUAGCUUACACGCUUUUGCCGCCCGCAGGAUUCGGCAAUGAGCCGCAGCGCCUCAACAAGGAGCGGGUGCGCUUCUUUCUCUCUGUGGCCGGUGUAGCGAAUGGGCGGCGCAUCCCCGCUGAGAUUCUGCGCGCCGACGAGGAUUUGCUCCCCCGCCUGUUCGGUUCGUUGACCGCGGCCAUUGAGCGAGGGGACCCAGUGUGCUUCUCCGCUGCUCUCGAUAGUCACGCCUCGACGUUCCAUCGCCGCGGUGUGUAUCUAAUUCUGCAGCAGGCAAAGAUUCUCUGCUAUCUCAUGGUGGUCGCCCGUGUGCACGCCGCCAUGGCGUCACUUUCUGACGUGGACAACAGCCGUAUCACAAUUCCAACGUUGCUGGCCGCGUACACCUACAUCACCAGUGAGGAGCCGCAAGAUGGGAAGUCGUCCGCAGCGUCGAAGAAACGCUCACGAGACGACGAGGCUGUGUCACCAGUCUCUGAGGCUCGCAUGGCGGAGAGCGUUAUGGAUGAAGACCGCAUGGCGCUCUGGAUUGCGAAACUUAUUGCACGAGGGUAUGUGCGUGGGUACUACUCGCACGAGCACAAGACGCUGGUGUUGUCCAAGAAGGUCCCGUUUCCCCUCUUACAAGAAGAGGUGUGA